GUUUGAUGUGUUGCGGGUUUGACUCCUCGUGCGUGGCUCGGCGGUGUGUGUGAUGGAGGCGGAGUCUGUCGCGAGCCCAGCCCGCAUCUGGCCCGCUCCCGGGGCCAAACCCCCGCCCAGCUCCUCUCACUCACUCUCCGCUGUCCUCCCGCACGGCUCGGCUCGGCUCGGCUCGGACACACACACACACACACACACAGAGCAGCUCGGACACGGAAUGGAGACGGAAGGGAGCCAGAGCAGCCUGUCCACCGUGGACUCCCCUCACGACCCCUGUAAAAUGUUCAUAGGUGGACUCAGCUGGCAGACAACACAAGACGGUCUGAAGGAGUACUUCUGUAAGUACGGCGAGGUGAAGGAGUGUAUGGUGAUGCGAGAUCCGGUUACUAAGCGCUCGAGAGGGUUUGGAUUCGUCACCUUUGUGGAUCAGGCCGGCGUGGAUAAAGUUCUGGCUCAAACGAGGCACGAGCUGGACUCCAAAACAAUCGACCCAAAGGUGGCGUUCCCUCGCCGAGCUCAGCCCAAGUUGGUGACUCGGACUAAGAAGAUCUUUGUGGGCGGCCUGUCGGUGAACACGACCAUCGAGGACGUGAAGCAGUACUUCGACCAGUUCGGGAAGGUCGACGACGCCAUGCUCAUGUUCGACAAGACCACCAACAGACACCGAGGGUUCGGCUUCGUGACGUUCGAGAACGAGGACGUGGUGGAGAAGGUUUGCGAGAUCCACUUCCACGAGAUCAACAACAAAAUGGUGGAGUGUAAGAAAGCUCAACCCAAGGAGGUGAUGUCCCCCACGGGCUCAGCCAGGGGGCGCUCUCGCGUGAUGCCCUACGGAAUGGACGCCUUCAUGCUGGGCAUCGGCAUGCUGGGUUAUCCGGGCUUCCAGACCGCCACCUACACCAGUCGGAGCUACGCCGGCAUCACUCCUGGAUACACCUACCAGUUUCCUGAGUUCCACUUAGAGAGGACCCCCCUUCUGACUUCACCCCACCCCCCUGAGCUCACAGCGAUUCCUCUCACAGCGUAUGGACCAAUGGCGGCAGCGGCGGCGGCAGCAGCAGUAGUUAGAGGCUCCACCCCGUCUCGCUCAGCUGGAUUCUUAGGUACGAGCAGCCCGGGCCCGAUGGCGGACCUUUAUGGGACAGCCAGCCAGGAGUCUGCUGUCAACAGUUACCUUAGCGCUGCAAGCCCGGCACCGAGCACCGGAUUCAGCCACAGUCUGGGGGGCCCGUUGAUCGCCACGGCGUUCACUAACGGCUACCACUGAGAGCUGCAGAGCUGCAGACUGAGAGCUGGAAGGAGUUGAAGCUGCUUUGGAGCUGAUCUGGCCUGUCUCGGUCCAAACCGGCCCACCUCACCUCUCUCCGGCCUCAAGAGGGGAGGAAACCUCCACCCCUCCACCACCACCACCACCACCACCCGGUGUCAGCCUGAACCCAGCCGACUCUACUGACGCCUCACUAAACCUCCUGAGAAGAAGAAGUUUGUAAGACGAGUGAGAAGUUUAUCACUACAUGUACUAGCGACACAUACAGAUGCUGUAUUUUAGUGUUUUUGGUUUUUAUGUUUCUUUUUGUGACGGCUGCGUCGUUUCUGUUUCUGUUUUAUCGGGUUAUUUGACCUCCGACGACGUUUGGAGCUGUGAUUUGUACUGGAAAAACUGUAUAUUUGUCAGUAGUUCAUACUGAAUUUUAACAAAACAUUUGUGAUUAAUACUAUUUCUUGAAAAUGUGUCACAAAGUGUAUAUCUUGGUAGGUUUUUAACAAAGACUUGUUACACUAAUAAUGGUCGUUAGUCACAGUUAGGCCGACAUGAGCUGUACAAUUCUGUAAGAUAUUGUAAAUAUGACUGUUUCUUUGGGGAGUGAAGGUACGAUUGGAAAGUUUCACACGAGGGAGGGUCGAGAACAUUUGGCUGUGUUUGACGUCGCGGUUCUGCGACGGCGUUUAAGAAGCUGCUUCAGAGUCGAAACACUUCGAGUCUCUGCGGAGGGACGAAGAAACGCGCUGUUUUCUUACUUUGUCGUUUUGUUGUUUUAACUGUGAUUUUUUUCGAUAUGUGAUGAUUGUUUGUUUGUGAGGCGAAAUGAAGGAGCGGCGUGCAGGAGAGCUCGUGCACGGGUAAAGCAACGGUGUGGAUUUAGAUCAGAAACUAAAACAUCAACGAGGUCAACAACACAAGACAUGGCAGCCAGCUAAUAUUACUGACUAGUACAAGGCUACUUAGCUUCCGUCAGCGUCCUCUUCACUCUAUUCUCCUCUGCCAUUAUGUCUGUAGAUGUUCUCCUCUGCCAUUAUGUCUGUAGAGGCUGCUGAGCCCGCUCGUCCGAGCAGAGGAGAACAGAGUGAAGAGGACGUAAGCAUAGACAUGGAGUCCAAAGCUAACGUUACAUAACAUCAUAACAUAUCAAAGUCCUGUCUAACGUCAGCGAAUUCAUCCAGACUCCUGGUUUUCCUGCUGACAUUACAGUAAAACACCAUGAGUGUUAUUUAAAGGUUACAUUGCUCACCCAGCUCCGGUUCUGGCACGACACUGCUGCACCGAAAGCACCAAAACUCUGCUAACCGAGCUAACAGCAGCUACAGUUUACUUAAGUCAGCGUAGCAUCAACGUGAUGGACACAAUGUUGCUUUACCUGUGUUCAGACUCUGCCGGUUGUGUUGCUGUUUGCGUGUCAUGUGGUUUUAUUCACAUUGGUUUCCAAUGUGCCAUGUGCUGUUUUAUUUUCGGGGUCGGGGUUGGGGUUGGGGGCGGUACCUCAGUUGCAAAUGUGAAAUUUUAAUCUGAUUUUUUUGUUGUUGUUGUUGUUACAUUAACAUCUAUGUCAACGCGUGGAUGGUUGAACCUUUUAGAAAGGUGGCUGUUCCAACAGGAAACUCCAUCACUGCGUAUCCACUGGAGGUCACAGACUGUAGCAACGUGACCGCGAUCUCUUUUUUAGACCAAAACAAUGUUCAGAGCUACGAGGACGCUGCACUGGCUGAUCACGGUAACUAGUUCAUUUCCUGCGAAUGUUAGCUGAAGAACAAAAAGCACUCGAUCCACGCCGGGUUUUACACUUUGAUACGCUCGCUCACGUCGCUGCGAGCCCAUGCCGUAGUUUCAAACUUUGAUGCUGUUUUCACUGAAGAAUAACAAUCUUGUCAACACUGUAACAUUUUCUGAUUUUCUUUUUCCUGUCAUGUUUUAUUCCUUUGAAAAAAAAAAAAAAACUUUUUA